CGGUGACCUACCGUGCUGUGUACUGUCAUAACAUCGGUCUCGUCUAUAAAACUGCGCCAUUCAGAUCUGUUUAUUAGUGAAUGAUAUUAGCCGCUAUUCUGCGCUACAUGUCGGUAUGAGUAAUGACUAAGAGGAUAAUAUGAGCGUCAGAAACAUCCACCGUUCCACGACAACCAUGGUCUUGGCGGACCCCCUCACCAAUGACGACAAGAUCGCCAUUACGGGGAUCGGAUGCAGAUACGGCGGUGGAGUGGCGGGCCCUCGAGAGCUGUGGGACAUGCUGAAGGAGAAGAGGGACUGCACAUCCCUGCACCCACCGGAACGUUUUGACAAAUCGAUCUUCUUCUUUCCCGGUGAAAAGAAAAAGGGAAAAUUGUACACCAAAGCUGGCGGGUAUCUGAAACAGAAUCCUGAGAUGUUUGAUCGACAAUUCUUCAAGAUGUCUCCAGAUGAAGCUGGUCACAUGGAUCCACAAAUACGAAUACUCCUCGAGGUUGUCUGGGAAUCGAUUGAAGAUGCUGGAAUUCCCGCUUCCGUCCUUCGUGGUUCAAACACCGGCGUCUAUAUGGGUGUUACAGCGAACGAGUACCUUCACCUUGUGGGCUUCCCACAAAGCAACAUUGAUCAAUAUACAAAUUCAGGAACAAACUCAUGCAUGAUCUCCAACCGUAUUUCGUACGAAUUUGAUUUACGAGGGCCUAGCUUUUCUAUUGACACAGCUUGUUCGUCCUCACUCUACGCCGUACAAAUUGCCUGUGAUGCUCUCAGAGGGGGAUUAUGUGAUACAGCCAUAGCUGGGGGAGUCAACAUAAUUCUUACUCCGUCUGUUACAAUUGGCUUUUGUCAAGCUGGUAUGCUUUCUCCCGAUGGACAGUGUAAAAGCUUUGACGAAUCAGCUAACGGUUACAGUCGAAGUGAAGGUGCAGGAUCAGUUGUACUCAAACCACUAAAGAGAGCUAUAGAAGACGGAGAUAGAAUUUACGCAGUAAUUCGAGGUGGCGCUCUAACAAAUGAUGGACGGACACCUGGGAUUGCAAAUCCAAGCUUUGAUGCCCAGAUUGAUCUUGUAGAUAGAGCGUGUGCAGCAGCUAAGGUAGAUCCACGGGAUGUCGCCUAUAUUGAAGCACAUGGUACUGGUACUCCAGUUGGUGACAAGACAGAAGCGAAUGCUAUCGGUGAAGCCAUGGGCAAACAGCGUCCAGAUGACGCACCACCCCUUUUUAUUGGUUCAAUAAAGUCUAAUGUAGGACAUUCAGAAGGCGCUGCUGGUAUAGCAGGUGUCAUAAAGACAGCUUUGUCGUUGUACCAUCGAGAAAUUCCAGGUGUUGUUCAUUUCAAACGUGGUAAUCCUAACAUCAAUUUCAAAGACCUCAGGUUAAGAGUUCCUUCCUCAAGCAUACCAUGGCCUGGCGGAUCAAAGCUUCUAGCAGGAUGUAGUUCAUUCGGAUUUGGUGGGGCCAAUGCGCAUGUCGUUCUUGAGGCAGCUCCAUUAAAGCAAUUUAAUAGUUUACCAAGCAUGCACAACGUAACAAAUUUCGGUGAUACCGACUAUCACAUGUUGUUACUGUCGGCAACUUCAAAAGAAGCUCUUCUGCAGAAAUGCUCCGAUUGGAUUGAGUUCCUUGUCGAAACACUCGAUAUGAAACCUGAUGCAUUCCUGGAUGCGCUGUUCACAGCCAGUGUCCGAUCUCAUCACCAUAUACACAGACUAUCAUUGUUAGCCAAGUCUAGAAGUGAACUUGUGAAGCUCCUUCGUAGAAGAAUUAAAGGAAAUUUGGACUCCAUCCAGAUCAUUGAAGGCAAAGCCCCAGAGGGAAAUUCCAUUCACAGAAUAGUAUUCGUCUUCUCUGGUAUGGGUACCCAGUGGUGGGGUAUGGCCAGGGAGCUAAUGAAUACACAUCCCAUAUUCAGCAACGUAAUACAGAAAAUAGAUGACAUCUUGGGUAAAUACGGAGCAAAAUGGUCACUUGUACAAAUUUUGUCAGCUGAAACUGGCAAAGAGACGAUCAACGAUACAGAAAUAUCUCAAACAUGCAUUUGUAGCGUACAAAUCGGACUAGUUGACUUGUAUAAACAUUAUGGUGUAACACCGAGGGCCAUUAUUGGCCAUAGUGUCGGCGAAGUUGCAGCAGCCUAUGCAGCUGGACUCCUAACCAUGACCGCUGCUGUUAGAAUCAUUUUUUCAAGAGGACAUCUUCUUACAAGGACAAGUGGGUCAGGAACUAUGGCUGCAGUUCUUUACGAUGUUGAUGAUAUACAGAGACGUAUAAAAUCAACCGUUACAGAUUUAGACGUUGCUGCCGUCAAUAGUCCAUCACAGAUUGUGCUUUCUGGCAAGGCUGAGUCUAUCAAAGAAUUUACUUCAAAACUAAGCGAAGAUGGCGUGCAGACGAAAGUUUUAAAAGUUAAUAAUGCUUUUCACAGCCGUCAACAAGAUGUGCUUAUGAAGGAGUUCUACAAAAAAACCAGGUUUUUGGGUAAGACUAAGUCAUUAAGGGAACAGAGGCCUCUUAUUCCAAUGAUGUCCACCGUUACUAACCGUUACGUUACUCCGCAUGAAGCAAAUGGGUCUGAUUACUGGUGGACCAAUAUUCGUCAGCAGGUAUUAUUUAGGGACGCCGUAGAUGCUCUUCUUAAAGAUGGCUACAAUAGUUUCCUUGAAAUAGGAGCUCACCCAGUACUAUCGCCUGCAAUCCAAGACAUAAUUGCGUCCAAGCAGAAUAAGCCAACUGUCCACUUCAUUACUCACUCAUUAAAGAGACCAAAAGAUACAAGCGCAGCAGCUGAUGAUUCUCUGAAUAUUUACAUCUCUUUGGCACAGAUGUAUGUGAAAGGCUACGCAGUUGACAUGCGUCCAGCAUUUUCAGGCCAUCACUGUAAAGUAGAGUCAGUACCACUGUAUCCUUGGCAGCGUGUCUUGUGCUCAGCUGUUACUGAAAAGGCGAAUACAGAUAUGCGUUAUCCGAAUUCCUGUCACCCGCUUCUUGGUAAACAAGAGUUGUCAGCUAAUUAUGCUGAAAACAAAAGACUAAAAGUAUGGAAAACUACAAUAGGAACCAAUGAAGAGCCAUGGAUUGGCGACCAUGUUGUCCAAGGUAGUAUAGUACUCCCUGCCGCCGGAUUCAUUGAGGUAGCAAUUGCCGCACAUCACAAGCUCUUCAAAACAAGUUCCCAAAUCGAGAUCUACGGUCUAAAUUUCGAUAGAUUUCUUUUCAUGUCAGCUACGCCGACCGAACUGGAAACAACAACAGAAUUAGAGACUGGAAAAAUUGCAAGAUUAGCACUUCGAUCACUGAAUGCAAACGACAACAAGUGGAUGACACACACAACAAUGAAUCUAAUAGCAGGUGAAAAUGAAAUUGGAAAUAGUAAACUCCCUGUGAAUGAAAUCCUGAAUAGAUGCCCUGGAGAGCUGAGUAAAUCGGGAUUCUAUGCAAACAAGAAGCAAGUUGGUUUCGAUCUUGGUGAAAGUUUCAUGUGCAUCGAGAAGGCAAAUUUUAGUCGAGUUGUUGACGAGGCACUUAUCCAAAUUCGUGCACCCGACACAGUGGCCGCACAGUCCAGUCGCUUCUAUGUGCACCCUGCUCUACUCGAUGGCAUACUACAGGGUAUGGCUGGUAUUGAGCGUCAACGAAUGAAAGUCUUAAAUCCAGAGGCAAAGCCGGAUGGACGUGUCCCAAGGUCUAUCCAGAAUAUACAAUUUAGAAAGGUUACAUUUCCUGACAAUACACUGCUUCACUAUACCAUAACUUCGAAUGGGGACGAUGCUGCUGCAGACGUUUCCGUCGCUGAUGCAGAGACACAUGAUGUUAUUGGUAGAUUUAAACAAAUUCGUUUCGGGCCAGUUGCUACAUCAAACGAAUAUGACCAGCUUCAGUUGUGGGAAAAGACAUGGGUCCAAAUAUAUCCUGGAGACAAAUCUCACGAUGACGAUGGACCAACUUUUAUAACAGGUGACGAUGAAGAACUUUCUAGGCAACUCAAUGUUUCCCUUAGACAGACGGGGAUCUUGACAACGCCCGUCAGCAGGGGUAACAAGGACCUUCCGUCGAAUAUCAUUAUGAUAUUCAAAGCUGGAAAUAAAGAUAGUCUCAAUGAAAUCUCCAAAGAGGAUCUACUUAACCAGCAGUCACAGAUGGCCAUGUUGUGUAUAGAUCAAUACAAUGCCUUCUCGCGUAAUGACGGAAGAAGGCCAAAUAUGUGGAUUGUGACUCGUGAUGGAUUCCCUGCCAGAACUGAUGAUCUAGUUAAUCCUAGUCAAGCAUCAGCCUACGGCUUUGGACUUAGUGUAAUGCAAGAAGACCCUAGCCUGAAUAUUUUCCUGAUUGAUAUACCUUCAGAUGUAGAUAGUCUUACUGUAUCAAAAUGGCUGAUCAAUUACAUAUGGAAAACAGAUCGUCGUGACAAUAUUCUUGCUUUACGUCAUUCCACUGAUAAUUCAAGUAGGUCAUACGAUGCAUACUCACUUCGCGUCAAUUUAAGCAAGGCACACGAAUUUCCGUACAAAAUAUUGUCCCCUAAUUGGAAAUUUGACAUCGGGCAAAGCUUCCAGAGUGGAAGGUUGUUCCUGACGAGAAACCAUAGUGAUGAUGAUAUCGAACGUAGGUCUAAUGCCGAUAUAGCUGUAAAGGUGGGAGCUUUCCACUUGAUGAAAACAACUGGUAAAUCUUCUAAUGAACCUCAGCAUGUUGCGCUGUUUUGUGGACAAUGUGCUCAGAAUAAAUCCUUCAUUGGGUUUUGUGACGAAAAGGAACUGAAAUCAACGAUGCAUUGUGGACAUGAAAAUAUCAUUGAAGUGACAAGCAGCUUGUGUCCAGAAGAUAUAGUUAACAUCGUCCUAUCUUACCUGGUCCCAUUCGGGGUAAUUCGUAACUUCAUAUGUUGCAAGGAAAGCACAGUUGUUAUCUGUAUGUCAUCGAAUGAAGACAAAAUGGGAUUAGCAAUGGCACACAUGGCUGUAGAACUUGGCCAUAAUGUCGUUGUUGCCGUUAAAGAUCUGUCAGUGAAAAAUGGCGUUUAUUUGAAUAGUACUGAUCACCAAGCAGAGAUAUUGGACGUUAACGAUGUCCCUGGUGCGUUAAAAGAACAGAGUGUAAAUUUCUUAAUUGGCUGGGAAUCAACAGUUCGAGAUUUGCUGAAAAUGAGUACUAUGAACGAAAAAUUUAAACCAUUUGCAAUAAUUGGGACUUUCCAAUCUAGUGCAUUCUCAGAAACCUAUUCCAAGCUUGGUGGUCUGCCGAAAAACGUAAUUGUUGAAAAUAUUGAUCAUGAGUUCUAUUCAAACAAGGAACUUCAACAGAUGAAACCUAUACUCGAUGAGCUACUGCAAGUAUUCGAGAUGCCUUCUUCCGUAAAUCCAUUAAAAGACGCUUUACCAGAAGUAAUUUCUUUGGAAAAUAGUGGAAGAAAUGAACGUAUCCCAUUUGAAAAAGUAACUAUUGCAAUUGCAGCUGAUAAUGAUGAUGGAGUGGCAACAUCCUGUGACUUUCUAAAAGGAGAGAUUGUGUUCGAAAAUGACAAGUCUUACCUUGUGACUGGUGGCACAAAAGGGUUUGGGCUCUGCCUCGUAGAAUGGCUAUCCGCCCAUGGAGCCGGACGUGUGUACAUUAUGAGCCGGUCAGAGGCAGGUUAUGAAUCAGAGGAACGGUUGAAUAAUCUGCGGAAAUCUGGAAAAUCAAUUGUUCAUAUCAAGGCUGAUAUCACAAGUAAAUCGGAUGUCGAACAGGCUUUUAAAAAAGUAUCAAUCGAUGCGUCCUAUACAUUAUCUGGUAUAUUCCAUUGCGCUGCACAGUAUGAUGAUAAACUUCUGAAGGACAUCACACCUGCAAUUUGGAAAAGAGUAAUGGCGGCUAAAUCAUGGGGUGCUCUUCUGCUGCAUCAAACGUCAAUCAAAUUUAACGCCCAACUAAAAUAUUUCGUUAUGAUUUCAUCCGUGGUUCAACUUCUAGGUAAUACCGGCCAAGCGAGUUAUUGUGCAGCUAAUACAUACCUUUCCUCUCUUGGUUAUUUCCGUAGAAGUAAGGGUUUGCCAGCAACUGUCUUCUGUCCAGGAGUAAUCAGACGCGAUGGAUUUGCCGCAAGGUCUGGUCUCGUAGAAUUUUGGGAAAAAAAAGGCAUUGAAAGCCUUGCACCAGCAGAGCUGUUGAAUGGUCUUGGUGUAAUUCUUAAAAGCAAUGUACCAGAAAUGGGUAUGAGUGGUGAUGUCAAGAUUCUGAAAUAUGUUCGAGAAAGCAGAAAUCUGUUUAAGGAGCACAUGACGCUUAAACCUGAUGGACGAUUUUCAAUUCUAAAAGGAUUGGAACUGGGCCUAUCCCGACAGGAACUGAUUUUAUAUGUUGGAGACAGUCAACAAAAUGACAUAGUUCGUCUUAAGCCAGAAGAAGCUAGGCUAUAUAUUUUCAAUACACUAUGUGGGUUUAUCUCACAGCGUCUUGGUAUAACUGGCCAAAUAUCACCGGAUGCUUCACCAUCUGCUCUUGGUAUAGACUCACUGAUGACCACUGAGCUUAGCGGAGUCAUUCAAGGUAGCUUCGCAGUUCUUGUGCCUCCAAUGGAAUUAAUGAACGCUAACAUAACCCUGCAAGCUAUAUCAGCUUCAAUUUACAAAAGGAUUCUAGCAGAACAGCAGCUUGGAGGGCAGAAUAAAGACGAAGAAGAAGAGGAAGACACAUCUUGGAAGGCAUGGUUCAUCAUGGACGAGAGUGUCGUCUCCCCAGAUAUCCAACUCGUUUGCUUUCCUCCAAAUGGUGGUGGUCCAUCUACAUACGCUUGGUGGCAAAAUCAAUUCAGUAAGCAUAAUGUUCAGUUAAUCAUGGCACAACUGCCCGGAUGGGAAGGACGCCAUCAGGAGAAGCCCCUUCAGACAAUCGAGGAAAUAACAACAAAUCUAACUGAACAUCUUGUUGCUAGGCUCAUUCCUGGUAGAUUUGUAUUAUUUGGCCACAGUCUUGGAGGACUCAUUUCAUUCGAAGUUGCUCAUCGCCUGAUAGAGAGAAAUCUCCGACCAGCCCACAUCAUCAUCAGUUCCUGGUAUGCUCCAACGUUAGCUUAUCCAAACGCGGUUGAACUUGAAAAAGCACCGAGUGUAUUACGACAGAUGGAACAAGACAUUAAGAACAACAUUAAGCUCUCCGACAAUAAAGCUCUGAGGCUGUCAUUCCUUGAUGAUGAGGCGUUGAAUAACCAUGAGCUGAUGAAACGCCUAAUCCCUUGCUUUCAAGUGGGCUUUAAAAUUUGCCAAAAGUACACCAACACCCACACCACGAAGCUUCAAUGUGGCAUGACCGUAUUAGGUGCCAAGUCAGAUCGAUUUGUUCCUCCCACUAUGUUGGAUGCCUGGUGUCUGGAGAUUCAACCCAAUCGACGUUUCAAGAAGACUUUAUUUUCAGGAGGCCACAUGCAUAUUACAUCAGCAAAGAAGAAAUUUUUCCAAGAAAUCCAGACCACUCUAAGAGAGGCAUUUGAUGUCUAAACAUAUAUGAUUUAAUGUGUAGGCUUAAUCAGUCAAAUGUUUACAAUCUAGAUUUUUCACAGCUAUCUAAUAAUGACAUAUUUUCUUGUAAUUAAUUAUUUGAAUUUGUCACACCUGCGGUAUCUUCUCGUGUGCCUACAUCAUAAACAUAUAAUUUCAACAAUAUUAUUAUUAAUUUGUAGAAUAGUCUUAUCAUUAAUUAUAUAUUUAUAUAUUAUUGUUAUUUUUUUUAUAUGCAAUAUUUAGUCCCAGACCUAAUUAUGGUAUAAUAUGUUAUUUAAAAUAUGAUGCAUUUCGUAUACACACUAUUAAUAUGAAGUAUGUUAUAAUUCAUAUUACGGUACUGUCUAUCAUAUUUUUCUCAUGAAGUGAUGACAGGCAACGACGGGGAACCCCUAUACAAACAUGUGGCAUAGUAUCAGAGUAAAAACAAUAACUAAAAUUAAGGUUGAAAAAUUUUCCAUAACAUUUACACGAUGUCGUUUGCCUACAAGAAUUCAUUUCAAAUCGGUGGUAAUUUUAUGUUAUCUGGCGACAAAAACACCACUGAUUAUAGAUGAACUAUUCUACGCAUUGAAGACGAAAGAACACUCAGCAUAGCCGGCCAACCUAAAAUAAUAUACGCGUAAUAUAUGUAAAUACUGUAAUUGUAUUAAGUCGAUACAUAAUGAUAUUCAUCUAUGAUCAGUUUUAGCUUUAAUAAUUUACCCAUGGAUAUUUAUUGCUACGUUUCAAGAAAAUUUAUCUUAUUAGUGAGAUUUCGCAAUCUUAUGAAAACGAUAACGAAAACGAGUACGUCAUUAUCAUUAUCGUCAUUCAUGCCUAAAACAUUUUUUGGCAAUAUGCUGCAAACAACUAAUUUAAUUUUGAUAAUUGAUGGCCAUAAUACACCAAAACAUUGGAACUCAUAUGUAUGAAUUUAAUAUUAAAUUUACAUAGUCGAUAGUAUAUCUUACCGUAUAGUAUUAAAAAAUUAUGAUAUUUAUGAUUUACUUAUAAAACAUAGCACAUACAUUAUAUAAAAUGUAUAAACUUUAAGCAUACAUCGCGCAUUUAGUGGAAAUAUAUGACGCAGUGGUACAGUAUGAAUAGUUGUCUAACGUUUGUACCAUUGAGAUAUGAAAUAGUUUUUACCCAGGUGAUAAUGAUUUUUCGUCGCAAAUGACUUUCUGGAAUAUAAAUCAAACUUAACAACUGCCCAAUCAGAACAAAGCCGACUCACAUUCAAUCGGGGCGAUAGUAUAGCAAUUUUGAUGAAACCAGACUUCAGCAGUAAUAUGCUGAAAAUAAGCUGGCAUAGGCCCUAUUUCUUAUUUAACUUAUACAACUACAAGACAAUAGACUAAAAAAGUGACGAGUAGAACCUAUUGUAGUUUAAGGGAAUUACCAUUUCUAAUUAUAAAAACAAGUUCUCAUAAUCUCGAAAGCUUCGACGAGGGCAGUAUAAUAGAGGCAGUAGAGUAUAUUGGCCCUAACGGCCGCCGAUACAAAAAAAAGAAGAUCCAGUAUUAUUCAAUCAGCUGAGUGUUUCUAGAGCUCCUGAGGCAUUAGAGUAUAUUGGCCCUAACGGCCGCCCAUAAAAAAGAUAUAUUAAUCAUUCAGAUUAAUCAAUCAGCCAAGUGUUUUUAGGGCUUCUCAUCAGAGCUAAAAAUCUUUCUAUUUGUAAGUCGGCUGUAGUCCAGUUCAGCACUGUGGCUGCUAUUGCAUUGGUAAUUUUGAAUGACUAAAAGAUUGUUACCCAAGAUAUGUCCCUGGUAGUUAUUCCUCUGGGACCGGGGAUUCCGAGCUCAUCAUCAAUAGACAAUUACCGUAAUAUUCUAUUUCAUAAUUAACGUAAUUAA